UGAAAUAUCGUGGUACUAAACUACUUUUCAUGGACUGAUUUCCCAGACCCAGACCCCCUCAUUGCCUGUAGUAACCAGAAGUGAAUUGCAGGCGACCCGGAAGAUGAGAUCUGCCUGAAACAAGCCCGAAGAUCAUCGCAACCCUUUUAUUUUUUUUUAAAAAAAGACCAUUUGCAAGCAAGUUGCCAUGGCGGAGCCGCGAUUCAACAACCCAUACUUCUGGCCACCGCCACCCACCAUGACGAGCCAGCUCGAUAACCUGAUGCUGAUAAACAAGAUCAAGGAGCAGCUAAUGGCGGAGAAGAUCCGCCCGCCACACAUGCCCCCCUCAUCCGUGCAAUCCCAGCAGCCUUUGCUGCUGCCAUCGACCUCGCAGAGCGGUCAAUCACCUUUGUCCAUCCUGAAGCCGCAGCAGCUGUCCGAGGUCCACGCACAGACCCCACAGCCAGAUGUGGCUCUCCACGCACGACCUGCUACCAGUUCUGUAACAGGUAUUUUGAACUGGCUCAGCUUGUCUUCGCCCACUGCUACCUGCGACUCCAUCAGUGUGACAACCCCCACCCUGGCGAGCCAGGGGCGCACCGAGGUCUCGUCCCCAAGCCUGAUCUCUGGCCUGGUCACCCACCACGGGAUGGACCCCGCACACUCCAGCAAGAACGGCCUGGCCGGCACCCUGAAGACUGAGCGAGGGAGGAAGAAGAUAAAGGGGGAGAACUGCAUUGGGCCGCCUGUCCUUGUGGUGCCAUAUCCCAUUCUGGCUUCGGGCAACGAGCCCUCUAAGGACGGGAAAACGUACAGGUUGGAAAAUAAGCGGUGUAAGAUCUGUCCUUUGACCUUCUUCUCCAAGUCCGAAAUGCAGAUUCAUUCGAAGUCCCACACAGAAGCGAAACCUCACAAGUGUCCGCACUGCUCCAAAUCGUUUGCCAAUGCUUCUUAUCUGGCUCAGCACCUACGCAUCCACUUAGGAGUUAAACCCUAUCACUGCUCCUACUGUGAGAAAUCCUUCCGCCAGCUCUCUCACUUGCAGCAGCACACGAGGAUCCACACUGGGGACAGACCGUACAAAUGUGCCCACCCUGGCUGCGAGAAGGCUUUCACCCAGUUAUCAAACCUGCAGUCUCAUCAACGACAGCACAACAAAGAUAAGCCGUACAAGUGUCCGAACUGCUACAGAGCGUAUUCAGACUCCGCCUCACUGCAGAUCCACCUCUCCACACACACCGUUAAACACACUAAAGCCUAUUGCUGCAGCAUGUGUGGACGAGCCUACACCUCAGAAACAUACCUCAUCAAGCAUAUGGCAAAGCAUACGGCAGUGGAGCACGCAAUCGACACUCAUUCCCCUCAGAGAACGGAAUCCCCAAGUUGUCCUGUUCGGAUUUCUCUAAUUUAAUCAGUCCCUGUGUUGGAACUCUAGGAAGUGGACACUCUGGGGCCAAGGUCAGGUGCAUAUUACAAAAGGAUGAGGAGCUUUCCUUUCUAGUUUGUGCUCUGUUGGUAUUUAUUCAGUCUCAGAGACCCAACCACACUGGUAACAUCAGCACCAAGUGCAUACAAGUGCAGAGACUGCCAAAGACUACAACAAUGCACUUUGAGCCCAAAUGUACACCGUUGCCGAGGAGGUAAGUGCCUGUAUCCCUCGGACAGACGGCUUCCGUUGCUGGGCAACGGCACUGGAAGCAAUGACGUAUCCUACAGACUGGUAACUUCUUCAAUAAGGGCGUGGAUUCGUAUUAUUUGUGACUUAAUAAGCUGUGUCUGAGAACACCACUUUUAUUAACAUUUAAGUUGUCUUACUGUCACACAGGAAGACUAAGGAGGAGAAAAAAUUAAGAGAAUCGAAUAGAUAUAGAAUUACUAAACAGUAUCUCAUUUUGUUGUUCUGUGAUAGUGUGACAAUUCUAGUUUUCAGUUAUCAGUUAUUAGCUAAUAUGAAUUAUUAUACUAAAUGUAUGGUCAGUUUUCAUGUGUUUAAUUAAUGUCUUAGCCCUACCUUUUAACUGGCUCUAUAUAUAGGCCUUGUCACAACCCCUGUUUAAUAUACAUCCUAACUACUUCAACUCAAAAUACCCAUGUUCACCAUCACUGAAUGGUGCUUAACCUGGAUUGCUUAAAUGACAGGUAAACUGUCCCUGCUCACUUGAAACAGGUUGCCGUGAACAGCAGGAAGAAAAUUACAGUAUGACUUCUAUUGUAGCUUUAAAGUGCCCCACAUCAAACAAAAUCUGCAAAGAUACCAGGCUUACUCCAAUCAGUGACAUUACCUACUCCAAGGAUGUAAGACCAAAAUGCUGGAACUGAAUCUGAGGCAGGAUAAAAUUAAACUGACUUUGAUUUUAGCCAGCAGUGUUCAGUAGAUGUUAUUUGGGGAUCAAAUCUGGCUUUACUUGACUGCCUGCUGUGUUUGCCAUGAUUUACAUGUUAUGUCGUGACCAAACCAUGUGUGCGUUUCAAUUUGCAAGUUUUCUCUGCUGGAGUUAAAUAGGUUCAUCACCUGUGUCCCAUGUGGGUUGCGUCUUAAAGGGGCGAUAUGUGUGGGACAGUGUCGCAAUAGGUACCGCUCCCCCAGGGUUGCAAUGCAACGCACGUUGUGGGGCCAGAGAAGGGGAGACUUUACCCGGCAUUUGGCUCUGCUGGCCUUGAUCUGGUAAUGCUUGAUAAUGACAAGGGACAACAGGGAAAGUGGAAUGAAGUACAGGUGGUUGUGGACUGCAGCAGAGAGAGCCUCAGCAACUUGAUGACUAGUAAUGAAUGGUAUGACACAGCACAGGACUUUAUCUACUGAACACCUUUAAGUCAUUCAGUGUCCAAUUCUGCUGCUUCUGGUAUGUUACGUCUUGUUUUUUUUAAAAUUACAAUUCAUGUGUCACGUACACUUUUCAUACUGUUAUUUCAAAGAGAUUUAUACGAUAGAGUCAAUGAUAGUUAUCUUUUCUUUAAUUUUUUUAUAUAUUAUAUAUAUUAUAUAUAUAUAAAUAUGUAUAAUUCAUUUUUACCUGAGGGAGAGGCCCUCUCAGCCUGAAGAGUUAGCAUAGACUUGGCCUGCACUGUCACUAAUCUGAUGUUCUUGUGGAACAGUAUAUAUGUUAAAAUGUUUGGAAAGAAAUGUCUGUGGAGGAGUGUUUGUAAAAGAAAUUAAGGUCAUGGGUCAGUUAAGGAUCCCCACAUGGAUGGAUUUGGAUACUGGCCUCAGGGAUCUGGGCUUGAAAUUCAUCUCUAUUGGACAGAUGUGGACAUGCCUGCGUGUGAUAACAACUACUCACAGUUGCAAUGGCGUUCCAUCGAUCCACAGUACCAACUGAUCAUAGCAGUCACGUUCAGAGGGGAGCAGCAAGCUAUCACAGUGCCCUCUGAUCUGCCUUUGACAAAUUACAUCUUAUCACACUGUGUUAUCAACAUGGUCAAUUCAGCAGGAAGAUUUCUAUCACUUGCAAUUCUGAGAAAAAAAAGUCAUAAGGAUGUUUGAAAAGGAGAAGUUGACUAUUCUGGAAAUAAUGAUCAGUGAGAAUCUCUUCAAUGUGUUUACACUGGAGUUAUAUAUUGCGGUGAUAAAGGGAAUCUUGAUGUUCCCUUAGGGUUUGUCAAAACAUGGCAAUCUGCGCACAGCAUUAUGUUAGUGAAGGAAUGCAUUUGUGAAGUUACAGGCACAGAGUGUCAAGAGGAUAGUGUUAUCUAUUGCAGAAGAGAAAGCAGAAGGGAUUCUUGCUUUGCAUUUAGCUCUGCUCUGCUUGGUUUGAAAGCACUUAAUGCUGACAAUGAUUUGGUAACGUUAGGGAAAAAAAAAAUUCCAUAUGAAGUUAUUGGCUGACUAGAAAAAUGCUUUGUACAGAGAACAGGUGCGCCUUGGAGAAUGGAAGUAGCAUUUCCUCUUGGACUGGGAGGCAGUGAGUGAGGAAGGCAGAAAGCACUAACGUUACUCCUUACAUUGCCCCUCAGUAAACCAAUGUAAGAAAUGUUAAACUGAAUCAAGUUGGUCCAGUUUGGUAGCCACACUAUUUUAUUGACUUCAAGAAUUACUUUAUAUGGCAGUGUUUGAUUGCUGUACUGUGGAGAAGAUGCUGCAAGAAUAUUUCAUCUACAUGGGACCGAGGAAGGUUCCUACUCCACAUUGUGUAACUUUCUCCCCUCCCUGCACCUGCCCCAGUUCCCAGCUGCUCUCAGCACCACCAUAUCUCUAUUCCUUUCCUGACGUUGUCGAUUGUUACCAGCUUGCAUCUCCAACACCCCAUCCGAGUCACACCCUAAUCCAGAUAUCAGUCUGCAAUUUAGGCAGGGCUGGGGAUAGUGGUGAAGGAUUGGAGACUAUCCCAACUCUAUUUUCAGCUGACUUCCACACAUCUAUGUCCCAGCAAAGCCUUUGAGGCAGUGAUGUAGUGAAAAUGGUUUUCUGACCCACUCCCCGGUGCUGGAGCACCAAGACUAAUCGUGGCAAACAUUUCUGCCUUGAAAACUGCUCAUAGAAAAUGAAAACUGGGAACUAUUUUCUCAUAAUAAAAACUGCAUGUUACAGAUACUCUGCAGGUCAGGCAGCAUCUGUGGAAGGAGAAACGGAGGUGGUGUUUUGGGUCAGUGACCCUUUCCCAUUUGAUGCAAGGUCAUCAACCUGAAACAUUAACUCUCUCUCUCUCUCUCUCUCUCUCUCUCUCUCUCUCUCCCUCCCCCUGUGUGUGUCUCUCUCUCUCUUUCUGCACUGAAGAUGUUGAUAUGCUAAGUAUCCGUGACCUUUUCUGUUUUUAUUUCAGAUUUCCAGCAUCUGCAGCUUUUUUUUUGUUUUUCAACUAUUAUCUCCUCUUCACUGUAUUAGAGGCAAUGGGUUGAAUUAACUCCAAGUUGCCAGCUAUGUAAAUUAAUCUGCACAUCUUUUAAAUGAAUUCAUUUCUGUUCAAAACAGGAGGCUGCCUUAGAAUCAAUCAGACAAUGUGAGAUUGUACAGAAGAUAAACAUUCAAAACCCAGUCUGAAUGUUUUGUUGGCAGAUGAUAUUAGGCAUUAGGGAACCAGUACAGCUAGAUAGAAUCAGCCUUGAUCUUGCUGAUUGAUAGAAUAGGCUUGGAACACACAUGGUUGGAUAAAAUUUCAGUUAACGAGGGUGAGAUCAUAUCUUCUGUCCCUUGACCUGAUCCAAGAGGGCUAUGUGCCUAAAGUCAGCACACUUUUUUAUCAUGGAUUUCCCUGUUGUAUUUGCAUCAAAGGAAUGCUGUUGUAAACAGAUAAUCAAAGACUAAUGGAGAAAUGAAAGGUGCCGUUUGUAGAAGUGAUAUGCAAAAUACAAUGAGCAUUCUGCAAUCAUGAUUGGAUUUUAUUUCUUUUUUAAUCUAAAAUUAUUCCCCUCCCCUUCUCUGCAGAACUAGACUUUCCACAAAAAAAGUUGUUAAAAUUUGAUUUAAGUUGCAAGGCAGGCAAAUCAUUUUCAGACAUUUUCCAGCCCAGCCACAGAGACAGGAGCUUGAUUGGCACUUGUUGUCCUCCCUAAUAAGCUUCACCUUGAGGAAUUAGAGGCUAAUGGUGCAGUCAGUGUAUCAGAGAAUAUUUUUAGAAGUGAACUCCGAUAUGCUUUGCCAAUUUACGUUAACGGUUAAGGCACAGGAUGAAUUUUUAUGGCCUCAAACCUGGUAAUUGCAUAUGCUGUGGUCAAUCAAAAUAGAGACAUUUGCUAAUAGAACUGAAUUGUUAGGUGCCCUGUGCCUAAUGUUUGGGAGGUGGGGUCGAAUAUUGAAAUCAAAAUGGAAUUACUAUUGAUGGAGUAAUCAUGAUUGUUCACUAGGUACCUUUAGCUAACAAUGUAAUAUGAUAAGGUGCACUGGUAAUGCCAGCUAGUGAUGACGCAGCAGAAAUUUGCCACUGGUUAUAGUUGUUGAUGGGCUUUCAAUGUCUAGACCUUCCACCUGUUCUAUGUUGUCUCAUUGGGGUUGCAAACCAGCUGUCUGAGAUGUGACUGGAUUAAAUACUCUGUGCAUGUAUUUGCAUUUCUCUGGACUAACAUGGUAACACUGUUUGCAGCAACCCUGCUCCUCGUUGACAUGAAAUUCACAGACCAUGCCAAACAACACUGACUCUGAGCGUCCCUUGUGAUCACAAUAUUUGGAAUGUGCCCUUGCAGUAAUAUCUGCCUGACUAAAAUGCCAGGCACCAUUUCAGAUUCAAUCACUUUAAUUUAUGGUGCAAGAUUGAAAGGUCAGAUCAACAAAAUGUACUUUCUCCUGCACUGCAGCCAGUAUCAUUUGUCUGAAGUAGCAGCUGAUCCCAUCUUCUGAUGUUCUGCUUCAAACCCACAUCGUUAGCUCUAGAAGCUAAAUGUUUAAUUUUUUUUGAGAAGUCCCAUAAGACCACUUUCUUUUUGUUCUUUCCUCUGAUUUUCACCUUUUUAACCCCUUGAAGGUGCUCACCACAUUAGGUGUAAUGGGUCUGGUCUGGUACCUCUUGUAAUAAAUCUCUUUAUGCAAGAACGAUCAUUGACUAUUUAACUGUGGAGGUCAUCACAGCUUGGUUCAAUCCUUGCUUCAAUUGCCAACCAUGAUUGUUCUAGUGGGUGUUACGAUAGAGAGAGUGGCUGCAGGAUUCUGCUUUAUGUUACAUCUAACAGGUAGGCAGCUCAUGAAAAUGUUGAUUGAAAAGCUGUGUUCAUAAUUUCAGCACAUUACUGACCUUACUGGCACAGCUUGGAAUCGAGUCUGCGUCCUGCCCCCGUGACAUAGCUGGUAUAAGCACCAUGAUACUAGAGUGACACUAGCCUCCUCCCACUGCUGCCAGUGAACUAACUGAACAGUCAUAUUACUGAGAGCUGUUUUGAGAAUAGGAUACAAGGAAAGGUUAGUAGUGCAGCACUGGCAUCACCAGUCAGAAGGAAGUGGUGAUAACAUCAAAACCCUUAUAAAGCAUCACAUUCUUUAACCUAAGGUGUUAUAGGGAAAUGUACUUGUCCUCUUUACCCUGAUGCUAGAGAGAAAUAAAACCAGCUAGGAUUCCUACCCCAUCUUGUACUAAAUAUAUCCCUACUGGAAUAUAUGUGUGUGGCAUUGGUACUGACCAGCACAUUAACUAAAAUUUUUGGUUUGCAUUUGAGUAGCAGUUCUAUUUAUGACUUGACAGUAUUUAUUUACUGGAAGUGAUCAGGUUCAAGUUGCAUCUUAUUUAUGUGUAUGUGUGGUAUUACAGUCUGGGGCUUGGUUUGAAUUGGAUAUCAAGGCCCACAAAUGGUGCACAGAGAAUAAGUAUAAUAAUGGGACUAAGCCAGUAAGGGUCUUUAAUGUAAGACAAUUGGACACCAGUCUGAUAGCUAUUACUGAAUUCUUAAUUUAUGACACGGACUAAUGCUGUAAUUUUAUUCUGUAAGAAUAGUUUGGAUUGUUUAUUCCUGGCCUAUCCAACUGGGAGAAUGUUUAUUUGGAAGUCAUACACAGUGUAUGUCCCAACAGUAAGGAAAUCAUGGAAAACCUAAAUGCGCAUGCUCUCAGUGGGUGAGGGAUGAGCCUGGAGUAGGUCUAGAAGGUAAGUCAGAGGAGGGUACAGUAUCUGUUGGCUGUGGCAAGUGACUCAUUUAAACUAUUCAAGAGGUUUAAUAAAACUAUCCUUUGUCAAGGAACAGAGGCCAUAAUAUUACAAGGAUGGGACCACACAGUAUCUAAUGACCAUACUCAACUACAGCAUAAAAUUAUAACCAAAGUACAGAUGCAAUGUGCUGUUUAACCAAAGAAUUACUUGAAUUAGCAAGCAGUUCUGCAUUCAUUGUUCUAAAUGGACUGAGAAAACCACAAGAGUCAUUAAAGCUGGUGAAACAGAACGGUCGCUGACGGGCAUCGCCACAUUGCAUUUAGUCUGGUGACUAAAUAUUGAUGGAUGUAUGUUAACCUGUUAGCUCCACAACAUGUACAGGUUAGGGAACAUAGGUCUACUUGUCUGGAUUCAUCCAGUGUUGAGUUAGAUAUUAUAAUUUUAGCUCCUAGCCAACUGGUCUACACACUCUCAAGUCAACAUUAAAAAUGAUUCAAAGUGAAAUUUAAAAUCACUUCCUGGCUGAUCCAAGUCAGUUUGAUGUGAUCUUUAUGGCUCAAUUACACUACAGCAUGUAAAAAUUACUUUAGAUCAUUUUAAACUUUAAAUGUUUAGUAUAACACAUUCCCUGGGUUAGUCAUCAGUCAGAAGGCUGUUUUGACUCUAAAGUCGAGGUGCUCAGAAACUGGUUUGACUAGAAAGAAAACCUGCAGAACACCCUGAUGAGAAGUGAUCUCCUCCAUCACCAUGCCCUCCCUACCCACCACUGGCUGUGUGGCUCUCUUACCCAAACUGAGUUGGAGUUGUGGGGCAGUGCUCGAAUACUGAUGUUGCUUGCAUGUCUUAAAAGGGAGAAAUACAAACAAAGUGUAUUUCUAGAUUAUUUUAAAAGAAGGCUGUUGUCUGGUUUACAUGUUAGAGAUUUAGAAAAACACCCAUUCAGAAACAGACAAUGUGAUGCUAACUGGUAUACAUUGUCUCUGUAGGCACUUUCCCUUACCCUUUCUGCUGGGUAUGUUGUAACGCCAGUAAACUGAACCUCCUCCUUUCAGACUAAAAGGUAAAUGUUCUGACUGCACACUUGGCCAGGAGUGCAUGUUGUGAGAUUAUAAACUCUACACGUAGAAUUUUCCGAUAUGUACUCUGAUAGACAGAGAGUUAAAGGACGUUCAAAGCAAGAUAUCUGGUAUGCUCUCUGGGCAGGUAAUGCCUCCCGAUCUGAGAUAUGCAAUUGGAAAAAUCACUCCUAAGUACAACCAUACUGAACACAGUUCAGCAGCUAUGGAAGCAUAAUUUUAGCGUUACUUCUUACCCCUAUGUACAUAUAAAUGUUUUAAAAUGUUUCUAUGUCAAUUACUACAUCUACCACAUACUAAUUUCAUUUGAAACUUUUGAGAUAAAAUGUCAGUUAUUUUUAUACAUGUUUAAAAGCCUUAAAAUAUAUAAAAUUCUUUUCUUCAGUUUAUUUUUAAAAUAUGUGUUGUAUUCAUUACCUUUUAUAGGUUUUGAAACUACAUUUUUAAGUGAGUGUUGUACUUCCCCCUUUGUUAGCAUGAGGUUAAUGUGGCUGAAAUAAUACGAAAUGAAAAAAUUGUUUCGUCUGGUGCAGCGUUGAGUACGAACCAAUCGUAACCCAGUAUGUUGUAGUUUUAAAAAAAUUGAAAAUGCAGCUUUUUUUUAUGAUUUUCCUUUUGCAUCUGUCUUGGAGUGUGGUAUCUAAACAUUGCCUGGAAAGACUGUGUACUUCAUGGGCCAAUACAGUUUGAAAGAAAAGUUUGCUUUGUAUUAUAAUAAAUUUGUAUCUUUCUGUUACUGAA